CUAACCAAUCACAGAAAGAUUUUUGGUUCUUUCCCUUUUGAUUCAUCAAUGUUAUACUUAGACGCAUCAUAUAUAUAUAUAUAUAUAUAUAUAUAUAUAUAUAGACACACAGCAAAAGUAGCCCAUCAAUUGUCACUGAAAGAAGCAAAAUGGAGUUUUGUAGAGUACAUGCAGUAGCUCUAGUUUCACUACUCUUGUUUAUCACUCCAGUUGUUCAUGGCUGGGGAAUUGAUGGGCAUCUCACAGUUUGCAAGAUUGCUCAGGCACGCUUGAGCGAAGCUGCAGCAAAUGCUGUAAAGAAUCUGCUACCAGGGUCGGCAGAGAAUGAUCUAGGGAGCGUGUGUUCAUGGGCAGACCGUGUCAAGUUCCGUUAUCACUGGUCAUCAGCUCUCCAUUACAUUGAUACACCUGAUAAUCUCUGCACCUACCAGUACAACAGGGACUGCAAGGAUGAAAAUGGAGUGAAGGACAGGUGUGUUGCAGGGGCAAUCAACAAUUACACCACCCAGCUUCUCAGCUAUGACAAUUCUGCUUCUCAAUAUAAUCUCACAGAAGCACUUAUGUUCCUUUCUCAUUUCAUUGGAGACAUUCAUCAGCCUCUACAUGUUGGCUUUACCUCAGACAGGGGAGCUAACACAAUUGAUGUCCAUUGGUACACUAGGAAGACAGUUCUCCAUCAUGUCUGGGAUGACAGCAUUAUUGAGACUGCUGAAGAAAGAUUUUAUCAAUCAAAUGUAGAUGGACUCAUCGACGCAAUUCAAACCAACAUUACGGGAAACUGGGCAGAUCAAGUUAAGACAUGGGAGACCUGCAGCCGGAAUAACACAGCAUGCCCUGACAUAUAUGCAACUGAAGGUAUUAAAGCAGCAUGUGAUUGGGCAUACAAAGGUGUGACUGAAGAUUCGGUACUAGAAGAUGACUACUUCCUAUCCCGUUUACCAAUUGUCAAUCUCCGGUUAGCUCAAGGUGGAGUUCGCUUGGCAGCCACUCUUAACCGUAUAUUUGGAUGACAGCAAUCCAAUUAUCAAUUUGCAGGUAGCUCUAGGAGUUCUCUGAUGUAAUAGGAAAACAGAGCAUACCUGACCGCAAAACAUAUUGGAACCAUGUAGUACUAUAUUGUUGUUUUGAUUUAAAGUUCUGCAUUGCUUUCAGAUGAAGAACAUGUUGUUCCUAUGUUAUCGUAACACGAUUAAGAAUGAUGAAAAUUUUGACUUUCUAA